AUGUCGAGAUACAGAGAGUGGGAUUUGUCAUGUAAAGUAUAUGUAGGAAACCUUGGGAGUAACGCUUCGAAGCAUGAAAUUGAAGCGGCAUUUAGUAAAUAUGGACCCUUGAGAAAUGUUUGGGUGGCUAGGAAUCCACCAGGAUUUGCUUUUGUUGAAUUUGAAGAUCCCCGCGAUGCUGAGGAUUCUGUACGGGGCUUAGACGGAACGAGAUGCUGCGGUACUAGGAUUCGUGUAGAAAUGUCAUCAGGUCGUAGCCGGCGUGGUGGAGGAAGCGGGGGAGGUGGGGGAAGAGGUUCAAGGCGCUAUUCUAGUUUUUAA